AUGGCGGCGGCCGCUCAGCUGCUCCGCGGCGCCGCCCGCUGCCCGCCCGCCCUCGCGCUGGCCGCCGUGGCGGGCCGGCGGGCGCUGGGCUCCGCGCCGCGGGAGGCGGCGGCCGGCCGCAGGGGGCGGCGGGCGGUGCUGGCAGCGGCGGGGGCGCUGGGUGGGCUGGGGCUGGGGCUAUGGCAGUGGCAGCGGGCCGUGAUGGCGGCGGCCGAGGAGGAUGAGAAGGAGGAGGAGGAGCUGCGGCAGCGGUUCAUGGCUCCCCCGGUGACCGGCUUGCGGGAGCUGCGGCGGCGGCGGCGGGAGCUGCGGAGCCGCAUGGAGCUGCUCAUCAUGGAGACACAGGGGGAGGUGUGCCGCGCCCUUGCCGCGCUGGACCCCGGCGCCUCCUUCGCUGUUGACACCUGGGAGAGGAAGGAAGGUGGAGGCGGCAUCAGCUGCGUGCUGCAGGACGGCGAGGUCUUCGAGAAGGCGGGCGUGAACGUGUCGGUCGUGUUCGGGCUCCUGUCCGAGGAGGCAGCGCGGCAGAUGCGGAGCAGGGGCAAGUCUCUGAAAGCCAAGGACGGGAAGCUGCCUUUUUGCGCCAUGGGUGUGAGCUCUGUUAUCCAUCCAAAGAACCCUCAUGUUCCAACCAUGCACUUCAACUACAGAUACUUUGAGAUUGAAGAAGCAGAUGGAACUAAACAGUGGUGGUUUGGUGGUGGGACUGAUCUCACUCCAACUUACUUGAAUGAAGAGGAUGCUGUGCAUUUCCACAAGACUUUGAAAGAAGCCUGUGACAAGCAUGACCUGAAGCUGUAUCCCAAGUACAAGAAAUGGUGUGAUGACUACUUCUUUAUCAAACACCGUGGUGAGCGAAGGGGGAUUGGAGGCAUAUUCUUUGAUGACAUGGACUCUCCCUCCAAGGAGGAAGUAUUCCAGUUUGUGAAGAGCUGUGCCAAAGCUGUUGUGCCUUGUUAUGUUCCCAUUGUGAAAAAGCACUGCCGUGACUCCUUCACACCAGAGGAAAAGCUAUGGCAGCAGCUUCGGAGAGGACGGUACGUAGAAUUCAACUUGGUUUAUGACAGAGGUACAAAGUUUGGCCUCCUGACACCAGGUUCUAGGAUUGAAAGCAUUCUUAUGUCUCUGCCUCUGACUGCAAGGUGGGAGUACAUGCACAUACCCCCAGAGAGCUCAAAAGAAGCAGAAAUCUUGGAGGUUCUGCGUAAUCCCAAAGACUGGGUGCACUGACAUGGAUCAUGAGCAAGACAGACUGCUGACACUGAGCCAUUACGAAAGAACACGAAUGCCUGCAAAACACCAGCUCGUUCAAACUGCUGUUGCAUGGUGUUCUAAUAGAGCUAUUUAUACUCUUACCUGGUGCCUUAAUUGUUAUUUACUUGCAACUUGUUAUUACUUGCAGAUAUGUGAACUUGUUUAAGAUUGAUCAGCUAAUGUUAUUUCCCUAUGUUGAUUUUUGCCUUGUGAAGGACAGGCACUACCCUCACAGGACCACAGUGCAUGCUUAAAAAGUUCCUCAGAUCAUUUGUUGGACUGCAAAAUGGCAAACUACUGUGAAGUGUUCCCCCAGUGCAAUGAGAGCAUUAUCUGUGCCUAAAUAGCACUUCUUACCCUUACAAAAUGUUGAGAUGUUUUAGAAAUGUUUUUUUAAAAGAAUAAAGGGAAUAUUAAGAUUCAAAA